CAGCUGAAGAUGCGGGAGGGCUAAAAAAACCGCUGCGAGCCAUCGAUUUUCCGGGGAAGAAUAAAGCCAAUUGAACAGCAACCAUGGCCGCCAGGACUCUCAGAAUCGGCCUAAUCCCCGGCGAUGGCAUCGGCAAGGAGGUCAUCCCCGCUGGCCGGCGCCUUCUCGAGGCCCUGCCCGCGUCGCUGGGCCUGAAGUUCGAGUUCGUCAACCUGCGCGCCGGUUUCGAGACGUUCGAGCAGACGGGCGCGGCGCUGCCUGAGGAGACGGUGUCGGUGCUCCGGUCCGACUGCGACGGCGCGCUUUUUGGCGCCGUCAGCUCGCCAUCGACGGCCGUCAAGGGCUACUCGUCGCCCAUUGUCGCGCUGCGCAAGAAGCUGGACCUGUACGCCAACGUGCGGCCCGUCAAGACGGUGCUGACGGCGGCCAAGCCCAUCGACAUGGUCAUUGUGCGCGAGAACACUGAGGACCUGUACGUCAAGGAGGAGAAGACGUACGACACGCCCGAGGGCAAGGUAGCCGAGGCCAUCAAGCGCAUCUCGCAACGCGCGAGCAGCCGCAUCGCCACCAUGGCUGGCGAGAUCGCGCUGCGCCGCCAAAAGAUCCGCGCCGCCGGCUCGCCCAGCAUCCACCGCGGCCCGCUCGUCACCAUCACGCACAAGUCCAACGUGCUGUCGCAGACCGACGGCCUGUUCCGGUCGACGGCGCGCGACUCCCUGGCCGCCGCCCGCUUCGAGUCGGUCGCCGUCGAGGAGCAGAUUGUCGACUCCAUGGUGUACAAGCUAUUCCGCCAGCCCGAGGCCUACGACGUCAUCGUGGCGCCGAACCUGUACGGCGACAUUCUCUCGGACGGCGCCGCCGCCCUGGUGGGGUCGUUGGGCCUGGUGCCGAGCGCCAACGUGGGUGAGGGCUUCGCCAUUGGCGAGCCGUGUCACGGCAGUGCGCCCGACAUCAUGGGCCAGGGCAUCUCCAACCCCAUCGCCACGCUGCGCAGCGCCGCGCUCAUGCUCGAGUUCCUCAACGAGGAGGCCGCCGCCGCCGCCAUCUACGCCGCCGUCGACGCCAACUUAGAAGAGGGCAAGUUCUUGAGCCCCGACCUUGGCGGCACGGCCAAGACGGAGGAGGUGCUCCAUGACAUUCUCAGACGGCUGUAGACGGCAGUGGACACUGUCUAUAUAUCCGGAUGAUCUAGCCCUAUCUUUCAUUGUGUUGUACAUAGUAAUACGGACUCGUGGAUAGACAAAAAUUUCACCUUUGCUUCGAUGAAAAGAGUCUACACUUGGGCCACAAGAUAAUUCUUCCUAGACUGAGUCGAGUGGUAAAUUGUGAAAUCUCUAUUUACUAUCUCCUCGACCUCGGUUCGUUUCUGGGCUAGAUAGAGAACUUGUUCGAGGUACAUACAAACGAACGCCCCCGGAGGGCCGCCGGAGGCAAGAAAGAAAGCCCAGGCCGUUCAGCUACCCCUUCCUAACAGGCAUCCAACUAUUCUACUA